AUGGAUCUUGAUCAUUAUAGUGUACUUGGUUUGUCAUCUGUGGAAUUCGACUGCACGAAAUUAACCCAAGCAGAGAUCAAGACAGCUUAUCAAAAAAAAGCUCUAGAAUUACAUCCUGAUACAAUCAUGAGGAAAAGAAAAGGAAACUCUGAUUGCAGCAGUAAUAACGUUCAAGCUAAUGAUGAUAUUGCUGCUAGGACUGCGGCAUUCCAGCAGCUGCAGUCGUCGUACGCGUUACUGAUGGACAAACGAGCUAGGGAGAUAUAUGAUCUGUUUUGGUUACAGUCGCGAGGAGAAGGAAAUCUGAGGACUGAGAGUAAUGGGGUGUUCCGUAGCAAAUUAGUAAAUGUAAGGGAAUGGAAACAAGCUAGGAGGGCAGAGUAA